AUGGCGGCGGUGGACUUUUGCCCGCCCAAGGUCUUGCAGGCGCCGGCGCCCGCGCCCGGAGAGUUCAGCUGCGCGGCCUGCGGGGAGCUCUUCGGCGCAGCCGGGGAGCUGCGGGCGCACUGCAAGAGCGAGCGCCAUGUGUACAACAUGAAGCGGCAGCUGUCGGGCCUCAAGCCCAUCUCCCAGGAGGCGUGGGAGCGCAAGCUGAGGGAGCGGGAUGUGGGGGAGAGCGCCAAGGGCACGGCCCACCUCAAGGCCGGCAAGGCGCAGCGGAGAGCGGAGCCUGCUGGCGGCUAUGCCGGAAGCGAGCUUGAAAAGGAGGCGAAGGAGGCAAAGGAGAAGGAGGAGGAGGAGGCGCCGGUCUUCUCUCCGCGGCAGUGCCUCUUCGACCGACGGCACUUCGAGUCUGUGGACAAGAACUUGGCCUACAUGUGGAAGACCUACGACUUCUUCGUUCCGGACAGGGACUACUGCACCAACCUGGGUGGGCUCCUGGAACAUCUCUGGGUGAAGUGCAACGAAGACUGCUGCUGCCUUUUCUGCAACCGCAGAUAUCCGGAUGCAGCGAGCACCCGGCAACACAUGCUGGACAAGUCACACACCCGCAUCGGCACGGAAGCGCGGACGCGGCGCGGUAGGGUGGACUACCAAGGCUCCAAGGAGCUGGAAGCGGAGCUCGAAAACUUCUACGACUUCACGGGAUCCACCCGUGAGAUCACCGAGCGGAUCACCGAGCCGGGCCAGCGCCUGGCGGCGAUCUUCCGAUACUUCGACGAGGAUCGCGACGGCUUCCUGUCGCAUGAGGAGCUCUCCGCUUUGCACCUGGCCACCUCGGGGGAGGAGCUGUCGCUGCCGAGGUUCCGGGGGGCCUGCGCCCAGGUGGAUGCCAACCCCAAGGAGGGCUUGGACGUCCAGGCGCUGGGCCAGCUCUACGCGGAGGGCUUUGCGGAGUUGGAGAGCCACUUCAAGGUGCUGGAGGAACUCCUGGCGAAGAAACUGGCGAAGGGCCGCAAGAAGGAGGAGCAGGAGGCGGGCGAGGAUGAGGAGGAUGAGGAUGAGGAAGAUGACGAGGAUUCGGACGGAAGCUCUACGGAGAUUGUCGAGUGCGACGACGAGGCCGAGUUCGAAGAGGUCAUGCGGAUCCUCGGGCUGCAGCCGGCCACGGUUCUGGAGAACGGCGACCUCAGGCUCCCGAGCGGCAUGGUGGCAACCAACCGGGACGUUGCGCACAUCUGGAAGCAGAGAGGCACACGCAACCAGCUGGCGCUGGCUGGAGGUGGCCGCCCUAAGAGCGUGAGGGCCCACCUCAUGUUGGCCAACGACGCGGCGGGCAAGGUUGAGCUUAGCCGCAGGGAGCGGCAGCGGGAAGGCAAGCGCGUCAUCGCGGUGCUCAGGGAGAAGAAUAAGCAGGACAUGCGGCUCGGAAUGCAGAUGAACCUGGUCCUCAAGGGCAAGCCCAAGAAGUUCCGGACGCUGAUGGGCGACGCCAGCGGCGCUCGAUAA